AUGCAUAUUCCAUGCGCGCUUCUCGUGUCCCUUGCCGGCUUCGCGGCUGCCCGUCGAGCCGCCGACUUGGACAUAAGCCCAGACGAGGCUCGCAAGUACGGCUGCAGCGAGACGUGCCUCCGAGUCUACCAUGAGACGCGGCGACUGGAGCAACAGGUGUUCGGCGUCGACUUCGACUUCGACUUCUACGAGACGGCGGCCAACUUGUCGGGCUCCAGGCCGGGGGACGUGUUGAAGAUGCAGGCCCUGGACCCGUCCACCUUGGCCGUCUCGCCCGGGACGACGGCCUACCGAAUGCAGUACACGUCCGAGGACCUCGACGGCUCGCCCGUCCCCGUCACGGGCUUCAUCGCCUUCCCGUACACCGCCAAGCGGUGGCGCCGCGGUGGCGCGUCCCGCGGCCCGGACGUCUUCCGUCUCGCCGCCUGGGCACACGGCACGACCGGCAUCUACGCCGGGUGCGCUCCGUCCAACGGGCCGACGCUCUACCACGGGCCCUGGCAGGCCCUGGUCAACCAGGGAUACGCCGUCGUGGCGACCGACUACGCCGGCAUCGGCAACAACUUCACCGGCCACAAGUAUCUCAGCUUCUCCGCCCAGGCCGCCGACGUCUACUACUCCGUCGUCGCCGCCAAGAAGGCCUUUGGCCACCUCCUCUCCCGCGACUGGGUCGGCGUCGGCCACUCCCAGGGCGGCGGCGCCGUCUGGAGGCUCUCCGAGCGUCCCGACGUCCAGCCCCGCGCCGCCGGAUACCUGGGCACCGUGGCCAUCUCCCCGGCCACCCACGUCGUCGACAUGCUCCUCAAGAACUUGACCGACUAUCCCAUCCCGAGCUUCGUCACCGUCGUGCCCGAGGUCGUCGGCCGCGCCGUCCCCUCGUACGACCGCACCUUCCUCACCCCGCGGGCGCAGGGCAGAGUCGACCUCGCGCGCAACGCCCAGGUCUGCUUCGCCAGCCAGAUCGGCCUCGCCGAGGACCUGAGCCGCGACCAAGUCGUCGACCACGCCGCGCUCGAGCGCGACAUGCCCGUCUUCGAGAACUGGCAGCGCAGCCAGGCCCCCGCGCUCGGGGCCCCGUCCUCGUCGCCCGUGCUCGUCAUCCACGGCCAGGCCGACCGCGUGGUGCCCCAGCAGACGGUCAGAGAGGCCUGGGCGAGGUCCUGCGCGAGCGGCAACGAGGUUCACCUGUCGUACUUUCCGGGCAUGGGACACGGCGCCGUUGUCGAGGCCUCCAUGCUGCGCUGGAUGGACUGGAUAGACGGCCUGUUUUCCGCGGAACGGGCGACGGCCAACUCGACGUGCUCUUUGACCGUCGAGGAGCCGUUUGAUGCCGAGCACAUGAGGGCGCCGUUGGACGUCUUGAAGGUCUGA